CCUCCAGUGUGUGACUAGCCUCCUGCCGCUGCUGUGUAUUGUAGAGCUGGUGUCAGGCGAGCGAUCUGUGCAGUGCAGCUGGACUACAAGUCCCAGCAUUCACAGGAUUACCAGUGCACCUGAGAGAGGAGGACAUCAGGACAGCACUUAGAGGAAUCAUGCCUAGCUGUUUGGUGAACCAGUGCCUUAGCAAAACUGGAAAAAAGGGCCAGAAUGGGCGAGUCAUUUUGCACCCCUUUCCUAAGGAUAUCUCAAGGAUAAAAGUAUGGCUUCAACAGACCGGUCAGAUCUUCAAAGAUGUUAAUGCUUUGGCCCAGAAGUUAUUGGAGGGAAACAAACAGAACAAGUAUCGCCUGUGCUCGUGCCACUUUGCUCCAGAUUCCUAUAUUAUCAACAUUCAUGGAAGAUCUUUGAGAGUUAAUGCUGUACCUUCCAUUUUUCCAAUGGUCAAAGAAGGAGAAUGUAUUAUCAAAGAAAAUUUGAAGAAAGACCGUGUGAGAAAAAAGAAGAGACGCUUUGAUAUAGCCACUGACUGCCUCCAACAACCUCUCAUACAACCUCCAGCUCCCUUUGUUGAUGGAAGAAUAAAAGUCGAAGAAGAAAUGCUUCAGGAUUUUGAACUGACAAAAAUUGGAUUUUGCAGCAUCGGAACGCAAACGGACUCUACGUUGUCAAAUUCAUUUUUUAUUUUCAAAGGAAACCAAGCAAUUGGAUGUGAUGUUCUGGAGAGAUCGUUCAUGUCUGGUUUUGUCUAUGAAAAACCUGAAAUCAUCUCCAGAAUUCAAAAAGGUCGAGACCUUUAUCAUGCAGCAGAUGUGCAACCUAUCAAAGUGAAAGAAGAACCUUUUGACUAUACAGAGACUGAUGUGUCCACUAGAUACUGGAAAGUGGAAAGUUCUGUAAGCGGCAAACAGGAUCUUCUCUUACAAGUGCAGAUGUGCAAUGAAGCUGGGCAGCCGGACUAUCAUUCAGAAGACUCUACAUGACAAGACUUGGUAGACCUAAGUUGCUAUCAGAUCUUUAGUUCAGGCACUUGGUGGCCAGUCUAAAGGAAAGACGUGGAUUGGGUCAGGUGCCACUAAAUGAUCGCAGAGUGUAAAUCCCACCUGAGAAACACCACACAUGUACAGACUAUGGAGCAUGUUUUAAGACUUGUUCCCAUGUAUUAGUCGAGAGGCCAUAUUUCUGUGGUAAAUGUGGAAAAGGUUUCAUUGAUAGAUCCCAGCUUGGUGUACAUAGAAGGACCCACACCAGUGAGACGCCACAUGUGACUGUGGAUCACCUCAGAUUCACACUGGACAGCGGCCCUAUGUUUGCAUUCAAUGUGACCAAAGCUUCACAAAAAGGUCUGGUCUGCUAAAUUAAAAAAAAUGCCUUCAGCCAGUGACUAAAAUCAUUUAUGGACAAGUCCACUUAUUUAUACACUAACAACCGCACAUACAGAGGUGACCCAAUUCUUGUAGGAACUGCAGCAAGACACAGCUCCAUGCUAGUGAAGCACGUCUGUAUUCACACAGGUGAAAAUUCUUUUGCAUGUGGAAAUUGUGGCAAAAGCAUUUUGGCUCUUGUGAAUCUUGAAAGAACUUACACUGGACAAAAGCUGAAAAGCCGUUUUGACUGUGGAAAGUGCAGUACUUAAGUGUCAGACCAUGCACACAUGGAAACUGUGGAAAGAGUUUCACCUACAGCACCAUGCUGGUUUACCGUGAAAAGAUAUAUAUAUAUAUAUAUAUAUAUAUAUAUAUAUAUAUAUAUAUAUACAACCCCAAUUCCCAAAAAGUUGGAAGACUGGGUUGUGAGACAUUUUACUAUUUAUAAAAAAAAAUUGCUUAUUUAGAACUUCAUGGUAGCAAAGCAUCUCAAAAAGGUUGGGACAGGACCAUGUCUACCAUUGUGUAGCAUCCUCUGAGGACAGGGCCAUGUAUACCAUUGUGCAGCAUCCUCUGAGGACAGGCCCAUGUCUACCAUUGUGCAGCAUCCUCUCUUCUUUUAACAACAGUCUGGGAAGUGAGGAGACCAGUUGCUGGAUUUUUGGAAGAGUAAUGUUGUCCCAUUUAUGUCUGAUGUAGGAUACUAGCUGCUUAACGGUCCUGGAUCUUCUGUGCCUGAGUUUUUGUUUUCAUUUCUAUUGGUGAAAGGUCUGGAGUGCAGGCGGCCAGUUCUGCACACAGACUCUUUUUCUGUAAAGCCAUGCUGAUGUGAUGGAUUCAUUGUGUGGUUUAGCAUUGUCUUCCUGAAAUAUGCAAGGCCUUCCGUGAAAUAGAUGUCUGGAUGGGAGCAUAUGUUCUAAAACCUCUAUAUACUGUUCAGCAUUGAUAGUUCCUUUCCAGUUGUGUAAGCUGCCCACACCAUAGUCACUAAUGCAACUCCAUACCAUCAGAGAUGCAGGCUUUUGAACUGUGCGCUGAUAACAAGCUGGAUGGUCCCUCUCCUCUUGAGUCUGCAGAACAUGGCAUCUGUGGUUUCCAAAAAAAAUUUCACAUUUUGAUUCAUCUGAUCACAGAACAGUUUUCCAUUUUUCCUCAGUCCAUUUUAAAUGAGCUUUGGCCCAGAGAAGACAGUGGCGUUUCUGGAUUGUGUAGACAUAUGGCUUCUUUUUUUUGCAUAAAACAGCUUUAACUUGCUUUUGUGGAUGGAAUGUCGAGAAAAUCAUGCCUGGUUUUAAUGCAGUGCCAUCUGAGGACCCGUAGACCACAAGCAUCCAACACAGACUGCCGCCUUCUCCCUUGCACAAAUGGAUUUCUCUGGAUUCUCUGAAUCACAUAAUCAUAUUAUGUACUGUAGAUGGUGGGAUAUACAAAGUCUUCUCAGUUUUACAUUGAGGAACAUUUUUCUUAAAUAGUUUCACCAUUUUUUUCACAGAUUGGUGAACCUCUGCCUAUCUUUGCUUCUGAAAGACUCUGCCUCUCUAACAUGCUCUUAUACUCAGUCAUGUGAUUUAGUUGCAAAUAGCUCCUCCAGCUUUAUUAUUACCUCUUUUCCAGCCUUUUGUUUCCCCUGUCCCAAAUUAUUUGAGAUGCAUUGCUGCCAUCAAGGUCUAAAUGAGUUCAUUUUUUUUCAUUGAAUGGUAAAGUGUCUUACUGUCAACAUCUGAUAUGUGUUCUAUGAUCUAUUGUGAAUAAAAUCCAGGUUUAUCAGAUUUUUAAAUCAUUUCAUUCUGCUUUUAAUUUCAUUUAUUUACAUUUUACACAGCAGCCCCAUUAUUUUGGAAUUGGGAGUUAUAUACACUACCCAUAAAAAGUUUGAGAUAUUUGGCUUUCUGAUGAAAUUUAUGGAAAAUGUUAAAAGUUCCCGCUCCAGUAAUAUCAUAUCAUAAAAGUAAUGCA